GUCAUCGACGCGUAGACGAAGAAUUGUCUCUCGAAUCACGUAUGUAAUGUGCAUAACAUUUAGGAUUGAAUUCAUCAGAUCACACUAGGACACGCUUAAAUUCAAACCUGACAUAGAUCGGCCACUGUACUUUGGAAACCUGCCCAAAUUUAUGAGCAUAAAGAACGCCGUUUAUUCGUGACACAGCUGAUUUACAACUGGGACGGACGAUGGCGAGCAUGGAACCCGACGAACCUGAGGUGGCUAUGCCAGAUUCAAUCCGACAGAUCGACACUAGUUUCAAGAGGAUUGCUCCUUUGCAUGAAGUGGGAGCUGGGGCGCCAUGUUUGAAAUGCGGUGACAGAUGUCCUGGUUUGGAUCUACAUUUCUGGAGAAAAAUCUGCCGAAACUGUAAAUGUGGCCAAGCUGAACAUGACAUCAAACCUGAGUUUAAUGAACAGCAGAGAAGGAUUGGACGCCUUUUUGGUGAGGAGGUCAUUGCACCAUUCCAAAUGACCACCAUGACCAUUGAACGGCCUAUUGAUCCUAAAUCACCCAAAGCGCCUAAAGAAACCGUCACUUUUGAAUGGGUGCCAGGCAACGUUACUACAUCCUUGGCGCAACGAUACAUGGAAAUGAUCCCAGCUGAAAACCAGCCAAUUGCGGGAACAGUGGGUGCUCAACAGCGUGACCAACAAAUGAUGAAGCAGUUGCCUUCUCAUGAUCAGGCAGCAGAAUUCUGCGAUGAUUUAACAGAGCAUGAAACGAAGAAAUUAGAAGAGUUUGUUAGCGAAUAUAAAGCCAAAGCUUUAGGUGUCGGUCUAGUGCGCGAAGUGAUCAUUCAAGAUAUGGCCCCUCAUGUCAGCACAGCCCGAUCUCACGAUGCUGGCAUCGGUGUUCAUGGUACCGCCGUACCACUGGCUGGACAAAGAAGAUCUCCAUCCCCCGGCGGAUCAGCAGCCUAUCCAGCUCCUGCUUCUGCAAAUGUUAUUCAUGGUUCUGUGGGACCCGGUGGAGUGGCACGUAGUGAAGCGGUACCAUCUGGUGUGAGAUAUAAGACGGAGCUCUUGCAUUACCAGCAGGAAGGAGGUGCAGGACAUGGUGGCGCAUAUCAUCCGCCAGGCAUGGCAGGAGAUGGACAUGGUGUUGUAUAUCAGCCAGGUAUGGAAGGAUCCAUGGGAAGGGAAGGCGUGGAGAGAGGCACUGCUAAUGUGCAUGGUUUAGCCACUGGUCAUGGUCUGGCUACAACUCAUGGUGAUAUUUCUGGUACUGCAGCUGAGCAUGGUUACGCAGAUGCCACUCCAGGACAGGCUGGAGUCGCUGCAGGACAUGCUGGAUUCGUGCCAGGACAGGCUGGUGUUGCUUCAGGAUAUGCUGGUGUUGCACCAGGACAGGCUGGGUUUGUUCCAGGACAGGCUGGUGUUGCUUCUGGUUAUGCCGGCGUCGCACCAGGACAGGCUGGGUUUGUUCCAGGACAGGCUGGUGUUGCUUCUGGCUAUGCCGGCGUCGCACCAGGACAGGCUGGGUUUGUUCCAGGACAGGCUGGUGUUGGAUCAGGAUAUGCUGGUGCAACUCCCGGCUAUGCAGGUGAAGGUGUGGCUCCAGCUUAUCCUGGGGUUGCUACGGCACACACUGGUAUCGCUCCAGGACAUGCUGGAAUUAGUUCCAGCCAUGUAGGCGGUGUUCCUGGCCAUGCAGUUGAAGGAAUGGCGCCAGGUUAUGCUGGUGGAGAACAUGGAACUCCAGGACAUAGAUAUGAAGGUGUAGCUUCGGGACAAGCUGGUACUUAUGCUUCUGGUGACGGAGAUAGACUCGGCCGUGGUGGUGACUUCACAGCUGACAUGCUUGAUGCUAUGCCACCCCCGCCGCCACCUGGUAGUAGUGUCGGUGGUCUUGGUGGUGAUAUGGGUCAGCAGGCGGUGGCUCCUCAAUGGAAAUGUUGUGGCUGCCAUGAGAAUUUGGAAGGUGGUGACGUAGCCGUUUUCGCUGAGAGAGCUGGACCGGAUAAGUGCUGGCAUCCGGGAUGUUUCCGAUGUGGUACUUGCAAUGAGCUGCUUGUCGAUCUGAUUUACUUCUACAAGGACGACAAGGUGUAUUGCGGUCGUCAUUACGCCGAUUUGCAUCGUCCAAGAUGUGCUGCUUGUGACGAGCUUAUUUUUGCCCGCGAGUACACACAGGCUGAAGACCAGAACUGGCAUUUAAAACACUUCUGCUGUUUCGAGUGUGAUACACUACUGGGUGGCAAACGCUAUGUUCCAAGGGAUAACCAUCCAUACUGUUUAGAAUGUUAUGAAGUCAUUUUCGCUAAGAUAUGCCAGGCGUGUAAAGGAAAGAUAUCGGCUGACGCGCAACGACUGAGCCACAAAGAAUUCCAUUGGCAUGCUAAUGAACAAUGUUUUUGCUGUUCCAACUGUAAUACCAACCUGUUGGGAAAACAGUUCCUGCCCAAGGCUGGACACAUAUUCUGUUCAGUCAAAUGUAAAAAGGAGGUGCUGUCGUAGAUGAAUACUUUCGCUUUUAGAAAUCAUGGGAUUUUCAUAGUGUUGAAGAUUUUAUUUAUUCAAAAAAGAAAAAUGUUGAAGAGUCUGCUUCUUUCAACUCUAGGUAUAUAAGUAGUUAUAUUUUUAAGAAUUGAAGCGUAUGUAGCAACUACUUCCGUUUUUUGUCAGCGUCUCUCGUUGUAUAGACCCGCUAUGUUCUCAAAGUUGGUUGAUAUCUUGUUUCUCGAUUUGUACAAGAAGACUAAUCACCUUAUCAACUAAAACAGUAUGUGAUUGGGUCGAAGUUUAUUUUAGGAACAGACAUUUUGUUUUAUUUUGUAGUUUCUGAAUGAAUAAUUUGAAUCAAAAAUUCAAAAAAUAAAAAAUGGAAAUAAUGCUUGUAAAUAUAUGAAUGUUAUCAGCGUUGCAUAUAAUACUUACAUAUUUCUGUUCUGCUUGCUAUAUUCAGUUUUCCAAAAACAUUUCCUUAUUUUUGUUUUAAACGGAGUUAAAAAAAAUGUAUUUAUUGUACAUUUGCCAACUUUUCUGUAACCUGUCUAAUAUGCCAGCAUGUAUACCUGUAAAUGUAAGUGACGUCACCUCAACCUUUGUAUAUUUUCUAAUCUAAAUCAAUUUCAGCGACAGUACCCGAUGCUGAAAAAUCACUUAUGGCUAUGGGUAUAAGUUAUUUAUUAAAUCACCCUUUGAGUACCAAAGUUAACACUAGUCACCCUUUAACAAGAUGAUUUAUAACAACACCCCCCCCCCCCCCCAGUAAUGUUGAUCAAGACUUGUAGGCAAUAUUAAAUAUUUUGUUCAAAAUUAUAGAAAAAUGUAAAGGGGUGCUGUUCACUGCUACGUAUUUCAUCUCUAUAAACGAAAUAACUUUUUUCAGACUUUCCAUUAAAUGCCAUAUAAAGCAUAAACCAUUUUUGU